AUGGCGAGACGUGUUCUUGCCGCUGAUUCGACCGAAGACAUCUUCGCACUCGACCGCAGCCGCUCAAUCGACGAAGACACGGUGCCUACGAAUGAUCAGUCCGACGACCUCCUCCCCGUUGACGACUCCGUCAACAGCGACUACUUCUCCGACUUCUUUGACGUCGACCGGGUUGCCAACAUAGAGACCGGCAACGCUUACAGCAACGAGGUCCUUGGCGACGAGGACGACGACGAAGAUAUCCUCUCACGCCAUCCUCCCGCCCGUCGCCAACCGUCGUUCAAUCACGCUGACUCAGCCAUUCACAUUGAAGACGACGACGACGACGACGACGACGACCUCCACCUUUUAGGACAAGGCGACUUCUCUUCUCCGUCCAUCCUCAAUGACACACCGCUACAAGGAACACCUUUGCGCGUAUCCGAACGAAUAAAUCUCAGCCCCGACGACGACACCAUGCCACAGACAAGAAGCCGGGCCGCGUCACAGUCUGUUGCUGUAGCGGCCCCGUUCCCUCUGCCAUUACCAGGGGACCCCAUUGUACCCUCAACAGCGACGCCCACGCCCUCGUGGUCACGAACUCGGGCCGGGUUUAACGCCCUGCCCUCGCCUACUGCCGCUGCGGCAACAUUGUCCGCGCCCCGCUCGUCAGCGAAGAGACGACGAAGCAAUGACCCCGGGGUAGGGUCGUCCAGCACCGCCUUGCCCCCAAUAGCCACGAUCCUGGCGUCGGUUGGGAACAGCAGUGGCAGUGCAAACGGCGACAGCCAAGCCAGCAGCAGUAGCAGCAGUAGCAGCAGUACCGGUAACAACAACAUCACCGGCCAGUCCAGCCGGCCACGCAUUUCGCCCAAACGGCCGCGAGUCAACGAGCCGAUCAUACUCGAUGAUGACCUAUUUGGCUCUGACGACGACAACGACGGUGGUGUGGAAAUGGUCAACCUAGUCGAUGUCGACCGGCCACAAACGGUCGGCGUAAAAGACGAAAUCGUGGAGGCAACGGAGGGGCAGGAGACCGGAGGGGCCGCAGGGCGCUUGGGCGAGGCCCAGCCGGAGAAGAAGAAUCUCGUAAAGCUGUCGGGUCUGCAGUGCGUCAUCUGCAUGGACGACAUGACCGACAUGACGGUCACACACUGUGGACACCUCUUCUGCGGCGAGUGUCUCUUCUCCUCUCUUCAUUCAACCGAGCAGCGCAUAUGUCCCAUCUGCCGCGCGAAAAUUGAGAUGCGGGCACCACACAUGUCGACCGCUAAGUUGGCGCGCACGUAUUAUCCACUCCAGCUGAAGUUGCGGCCGCGAAAACCGGCGUAG